AUGCCAAACACAUUAACUGCAAUUUGCUAUAUAACUGAUUAUCAAGAAAAAUCUACAAACAAGGAUCUUAUCAUUGUAAAAGCAGCAGGAGUAACACGUCUUAGAAACAGUAAUACCGAUUUGUCUGUUCUCUUAGUAGCAUUUUAUUCUACAAACAAAUCUGACGACAAUCUAGCAUCCUUCUCAACAGAAGAUGUUUUGUUAGUAACUGAAAAAUUUCGAAUUAUCAUAUUAUCAGAUAUAGUCUAUCUUGAUAUUGAUCCUGUCAAUCUACCAAAGUCAACUCUCUUAUUAAAUAUGACUGCUGUUACCAAAGAAGCUUUUGCUAUUAAUGAAGACCAUGCUACUAUUUCUUUAACCGUUGAAACAAAAUACUAUUUGGACCAAGAUAAUGUAACUCAAGAAUUCGAAUGCCACCAUUUGGUAUUUGCCAAACACCUUGCCUGGGUAUCUUCAAUUGUUAAAAAGGGUUCUACUAUUUAUAUAAGUGGAGAACUUCUUUUAGUUGAAGAUACUUUUGUUGUCCAUCUUAGAAAUUUAAAUUUUUUCGAAUUCCCAAAAUCUGUUAAUAUGAAAGCACCAGCUAAUCUUUCUUGA